GAUUCUCGAGUCUUGUCCUGUCUCCACUCGGCGCUGUCUUGCGUCGUCCACCGUCGGUUGGCUAUCCGCUUUGACGCCCGUGUGAACUGGGGUGGCGGCGGGUUAAUCUAUAUACUGAGACUGGGGACCACUCUGUCGGCUCUGAUCUUCUUUCUUCUUUCAAGCAUCAUCCAGUCGUUCCUUUGAUCGUGCCCUUCCGGUUCAAGUCAGCCAGGUCAUAGCAGUCGUGCGCAGAGCAUACGUCCAACACUCUCCUUCAGUCGAAUCGAUCGACACACAGCUACCUUUCCGACCCAUUCGUUGAUCAGCCAACCACGCCCAGCAUGCAGUGGAAGUCACUCCUUCUUUACAGCGCCAUCGCCGAAUCGGCCCUGGCUCGCACCCACGGCCACCAGCGCCGUCACCCCCACGGCCACGGCCAUGCCGAACGUGCCCCGGAGGCACACCUGGCUGCCCGUGAAGUGGUCGUGGAGACUGUGGUCAACUACCACACCAUCACGCUCACCAGCACUGUCACUGGUGUAGCACCCACCGUCACUACCCACGAGGAAGCCGCUACCACCACGGCCGAAGCCGCCGCCACGACCUCCGUCAGCGACGCCGCCGCUUUCGUCGAACUCGACCUCAACGAGGAUCUCGCCAUCAGCGCCAGCCUGAGCCUUGGCCUCUCCAUCGGUGGCUCCGAAGCCACCACCACCACCUUUAGCACCAGCACCCACACCAAGACCCAUGCUCACACCACCAGCACCACUACCACCUCCUCCGCCGUCGCAGCCAGCAGCAGCGCUGCUGGCGUCAGCUCAGCGUGGUACACCUACCCGACCAGCGGGGUCUACUCGACCAGCGGGUUCGGUGAACGCAGCAACACGACGAGCAGCAGCGGGGACACCUACGUGGGCAACGUAGGCGUGCCAUGGGGCAGCAACAUCAUCGAGGUCAGCGCCAGCGAGGCGUGGCAGUACAAGUACGUGGUGCAGUUCACGGGGCAGAACAGCGCGGACUGGUUCGUGAGCAUCUGGAACAAGAUCGGGCCCGACGGGGCGGACGACGGGUUCUUCGGCCACUCGGCCCUGAACUUCACGCUGUCCUCGGGCGAGACGCGCUACGUUGCCUUCGACGAGAACUCGCAGGGCGGCUGGGGCGCUGCCGAGGGCGACAGCCUCCCCACCAACGACUACGGCGAGUACUCGUGCACCUGGGGCGAGUUCGACUUCGGCGACGAGGAGAACGACAGCUGGUCCGGCUGGGACGUCAGUGCCAUCGUCGCCGAGGAGGCCGACCAGACCAUCCAGGGCAUGAAGCUCUGCCGCCACGGCACCACCACCGGCUGCUCGUACAUCACCUCCGGCGGCGAUACCGUCGAGAAUGCCUACACCCCCUCCGAGAGUUCGGUCGGUGGCAUCGGAGGCUCUGUCACUGCUGGCCCGCUGCGUCUCGCGGCUGUGAUUGAUUACUCUGGGUAGUGUUACGGUUACCCGAUCAGGUCUGUGGGUGAGGUGUAUAUACACGCGUUCGAUCGUGUCUUCUCGGUACAUAUUCGCUACCGAUGUCAAUACUUAUCCCGUAUAUACGUCUGGAAC